AUGAAUGAGAAAAGCAACACACAGGCUUGUUCGAGUGCUUUCCCCCCUUCCUCUCCCAUCCCUCUCUCUCCGCGAAGUAGUGGCGGCAGGGGGGUGAGUGGGAGAUGUGGACCUCAUGACCUCGUGCGCCUGGGCAUCUGCAGAGCGCUGGUGGUGCACUCCUAUGGGCUCGAUGAGAUCUCCCCCAUGGGUCAGUCAGUCCACCCCAUGGGUCAGUCAGUCCAUCCCAUGGGUCAGUCCGCCUCACUCGAACCGCCACCCCCUCUCCCUCCUCUGUUCCACUCCCUCGCCUGUCUCUCUCCCCUUUUGUCCCUCUCCCCUUUUGUCCCUCUCCCCUUUUGUCCCUCUCCCCCUUUUGUCCCUCUCCCCCUUUGUCCCUCUCCCUCGCCUGUCCCUCUCUGCCCCUCGUCCCUCUUUCCCCUUUCUCCCUCUUCUCAUCCUGUCCCUUUCCCCCCCCUGUCCCUAUUCCCCCUCCUAUCGCUCUCCCUCCUUGUCUCUCGCUUUCCCCCUAUUCCUUUUUUCCCCUUGUCCCUCAUCCCCCUCUCCCCUCUUGUCCCUCUCCUCCACUGUUCCUCUCCCCCCUUGUUCCACGUCUCACUAUGUCCCUCUCUCCGUGCCUCUCUCACAAGCCCUACAGACGUGCUUGAGCCACUGACCUCCUGCUCUCGUUUCCCUCGCUCUCACAUCCGCCACCUCUCGCUCUUUCCUCUCUCCUCACUCCUCGCGUCCCUCAAUAGAUUACCUCAGACGCUCCUCCCAUUCGAACCCAGGGUGUGCGGGAACAGGGCUGGCAGCGUGUGGGGUGGCUAG